AUGAUCGAGGAUGUCAUCGUUUCCGAUCGAUUGCAUCUAAUCGAUCUCGGAGUGAUGCGAAAAUUAUUGCAGGGGUGGCGAGCGGGUGUAUUUUUAAACGUGGCAAAAUGGUCGUCGGAUAAAGCGAAAGAAAUAUCUACUAGGCUUACAAAAAUAGUGCUUCCCAGUGAGAUUCAUAGGAAAUUCCGGACCCUUAACGACAUUCAGAAUUGGAAAGGGUCCGAGUAUAGUUCCUUCUUACACUAUGGAAGUAUUGUAGUUUUAAAAAAUAAUGUAAGUAAGGUAGUUUAUGAGCACUUCUUGCUGUUUUAUUGUGCGAUAACAUUAUUAUCGUCUAAUGUGCAUAGGAGGAAGUGGGAACAGGCUGGACAAAUGUUGAUCCAGUUUGUGUCCCAAUUCAACGAAGUGUAUUCGGAAGGGUAUGUCACAAGCAACGUGCAUAAUUUGGUACACGUCUAUGACGAAGUGGCCAAAUUUGGUGCACUAGGAACCUUGUCGGCAUACCCUUUCGAAAACGAGUUACAGCAUAUAAAAAAUAUGCUCCGUAACGGCUACAGAGGCUUGCAGCAAGUAGCAAAUAGACUUUCGGAAUUAGAUAAUUUUAAUAUUAGGACAGGAAAUCAACCAAAUGAUCCAAGAAGCGCAUACUUGACAAAAUCUGGAAAUAGUAUAGAAGUAAACUUUGACGAUUUUAUUCUAAAAAAUGGCAAUAGAGACGGCUGGCAGCGCCAGCAUGCCGCCCCACUCCGACAAAAGUUCUAUCCGGAUUUUUCCAGUGGGCAACGAAGAAAGGGAUUAUUUACUACUACUCCCUGGCUAAGCGAACCGAUAUUUGAUACGAGCUUCAUCAAGUUUAUUUUCUAUGAUAUGCGACGGAUUUAUGCCGUGAAUCAUCAAGAUUUACCAUUGUUUGCCGAAGAUCGCGUAAUUCAACUGUAA